UGUGCAGGCGCCUUAGUGUGUGUGUAUGUCUGUGGAGUCAAAGAGUUUACAAAAUGCCGCUUUCUAAAAGCACAAUAGUCAAAUGCUCAAAUCCAAACUGAAGAUGUGCAAUUGUGAAUACUUUCCGAUAAAAUUGAACUAAAGUCAUGACACGAUUCACGUUGCUGAUAGCGUGAUAACAUUAUUUAAAAAAAGCACAAGAUGCUGAGAAGUCCGCAAUAUGAACCAAACAUCCCAGAACCAUCCAGAUACGUCACGGCCGCAAUACCUCAUCAUAGAACAACAGUCACGUGUGUCUUCGCGGGAUGGACAUUCGCAAGUUGUGGAAUUUUUUUUUGCCGUCUGAUAUCAGUUUCCCGAAAAAGCUCUAAAAAUUCGUCAGCUAAUUAACCAAGUGUAGUUACAAGAGGACCGCGUUCCAACCAGUGUCCGCACGGAGUAGGCAAAGCCAAUAGGACGUGGUCGGGCUAAUAAAUGCAAAUUAUCAUGAAAAGAGACGGCAAAAUAUGAAACAACUCAUUUGGGCUGAAGUAAAUCACAGAAAACGGUUUAUGAGCGAACCUCUUCAGGAAGAUGUGAUGCCUGGAUCCCGUGUGUUAAGAUCAAUAAGAUGAAGGCUUAAUUUUCCCAGAAAAAAAAAAUCCUUGGCUUGUUUGAUUGUCUGUUUACCAAACACUAAGUUCCCUGCGUUCAGCUGAGAGACCUAGUCCUUUCCAGAUGAGCUCCUACUUUGUCAAUUCGUUGUUUUCCAAGUAUAAAAGUGGGGACUCCCUGCGCCCCAAUUAUUAUGACUGCGGGUUCAGCCAAGACCUGGGCACUCGAGCCACCGUGGUCUAUGGACCGGGCAGCGGGGGGAGCUUCCAACACCCCGGUCAGAUCCAGGAUUUCUACCAUCACGGCGCCGCCACUCUCUCCACCUCCGCGUAUCAACAGAAUCCGUGUACGGUGACGUGUCACGGGGACCCCGGCACCUUCUACGGCUACGAUGCCUUGCAGAGGCAGCCCAUUUUCGCCGCACAACAAGAGGCCGAGCUGGUUCAAUAUCCCGACAGUAAGUCGACGGCGAACAGCCUAGGAGAAGAAGCAGAGAAUUCAGAACAGAGUCCAUCUCCGACACAGCUCUUCCCGUGGAUGAGACCGCAAGUAGCUGCAGGACGGCGCAGAGGAAGACAAACGUACAGUCGUUAUCAGACACUCGAACUUGAGAAAGAGUUUUUGUUCAAUCCAUAUCUGACUCGCAAACGGCGGAUCGAAGUGUCACACGCCCUGGGACUAACCGAGCGGCAGGUCAAAAUAUGGUUCCAGAACAGGAGGAUGAAAUGGAAAAAGGAGAAUAACAAGGAUAAGUUUCCCAGCAGUAAGUCCGAAAUAGAGGAGAGUCCGAAGGAGAAGGAAGUGAAGGAAGAUGAAGCCAACGAUGAACAGCAAUGAUCACAACUAACCAUUCGACAAAAAAAAAAAAAAUAAGGAAGGGAAAUGAUAGGAUAAGGUUGACAAAUUUUAAGUUGUGUGGGUGGGUGUGAGAAGCAGAACAAAUGUUACUGAAUACUGUAUAAUAAACAACAACAAAAAACAUUGUACCGAAAUGUAUGAAGAUGUAGACUAAUGGGACCAUUUCAACUUUGUACCUGACAUGUACCUGUCAUUGUGUAACAGUCUAGCUAUUUAAUUGAGUUUCUGUAAAGUAUUUAACGUGACGUUUAUAGAACAAUGUACUAGUUUGUGUGUGUUGAAAUAGCAUUGUAGUAUGUUUAAGCCGUCUGCACUACAUCAGCUAAUAACUAUUAGCUUUAAAAAAAAUCCCAACAACAUGAAGCUGCCUAUUGAAGCUUUAGCUAUUUAGAUUGUGUUAUUGUUUACGGCUUUGGUGUAUUUAUAAAAUUGUUUUUCCUCAAGGCGGCAUGGCAAAGUGUUGUUUUUUUUUUACGAAACGUGGAGAAAAUAACUCUUCAGUAUUAACUGUGAGAUAACCUACUGUAAACGCGAGUUGCAAUUAUUGGGGGGGGGGGGGGGGGGGGGUGCGGCGAGGUGGGCGGAGCGGUGAUGCAUUAUUGUUUCCACACAGAAUUGGACUAUUGUUUGAACAUGCGAGCGGCGGAAAGGGGGACAAUAAACUUUACCAGCG